AUGGCUGAAGAAUAUUUAAAUAAGAUCUCCAAGAAGUCGAAAAAUGAACAUGGAAGGAACAAUGAAGCAGGCUUUCGAGAUAGAUGGAGGAAGCAACUGUCUGCACUGUUGACGACAUUUGUUAAUUUAUACAGCUAUCUGAAUCCCUUCGAAUUUACAGAUGAAGAUGUUGAACUGCAGUUCUUUAAGGGUAACCCUUCUCUUGGCAAGUAUUAUAACUGGAUAAUUGUAGGCGAUGUAGUAGAUCCUGACUGGUUUUCAGAGGCUAUUCGAAAAGAAAUGGCUGUUUACCUGAAUGACUGGCAAUUGGAUCAUUUGCCUGAAAGAGUAGAUUUACUGAGAAAGCUAUUGCAUUCAAACUUGUCACUGCCAAAUGUCAUCUACACACACUGCGAGGCAGGAACAGACAGAACUGGAGAGGUGAGUGGUGCAUACUACAUGAGAUACCUGAACAUGACAUUUGAACAGGCUCUCUCUAUAGAUAAUCAUGUUCAGAAUCGAUCGAUUGCAAAGAUGUCUCUGAGGGGUCUGAAGUGGUACUGCUAUUACUUGCAGUAUGACAAAGAUUAUAACGUCAACUGCACUGUGCCAUCAUAUAUACUGUCUGCUGGUUUCAAUAGUAUCAAAACAUAGGCAUAUGCUACUGUGAUGUACACAGCCCCUGUUUUGUUUAUGGUACUAUUUUGUUCACAGGGA